AACUUUGUGUUAGAUGGCCUGAUCUGAAUAACAGAUUGGAAUUGUUUUUUAUUUGAAACAAGGCAAAAGAUUUGCCAUUUCAUUGAUUAAGAAGAAGGUUUAGACAGGCCACGAAGUGGCAAGAAAUAAAAUCUACUCUCGCGGCAUUACAACACUCAAAUGCUUGGCGCCCGCCAACGCCCAAAGCGACAACUCCUCUUUUAUCUUACUAAUGAUGACCGUCGUAGGUGCGGCGGUGUUGCGGAAAGCUCUAGCAUUGCGCUCCGUCCAAAUUUCCCAGGAGAUUAGCAUCAUUAGUGAGGCGAGCGUCUUGGGGGAUUCAGAACGAAGAUAUACGUUUCCAUUCCACCAUUCCCACACCAAGCUCCUCGCUGACCAAGUAGUAGCCUGAGUGUGAUCCAUGCCAAGCCAGCGAAGAAUAUCGUUCCACACACGAAGGGUGUAGCGACAUUGGAACAGUAAGUGGGCUGCCGUCUUUGGGCUUUGCUUGCAAAGCGGGCAUAGCCUGCAGUUGAGCCACCCACGUCGAGCAAGGCGGUCCGAUGUCCAGAUUCUAUCUUGAAGUACAAGCCAUGCGAAAAAUUUGCACCGCGGAGGAGCCCACACCUUCCACACCGAUAGGACCAUGGCUGACGUAGUUAGGCCCUCAAACUGCACCUUGUAAGCCGAGGAAGCUGAGUACGAUCCGUCCUUGGUGAACUUCCAAAUAAUGGAAUCCUCCACGUCCUCAUCCAGAGUGACCGAGUCAAUCUUCUCCCAAAGUGCGACGAACUGGUGGACAUGGUCUACUGUGAGACCGUCGGAGAAGUCAAUAUGAGAGAUCCAAGUGUUGUUUGUUAAAGCCUGUUUGACCGAGCAGUUUUUCCUUCGGGAGAGGUCGAAAAUGCCAGGCGCUAGGUCCCGUGGGCGCAUGCCAUCAAGCCAAGAGGAGUUCCAGAACUUAGCCACAUGCCCAUUGCCAACUGUGACGGAAGUGGCAGCUGCAAAAAAGUCCCUGUCUUCAUCAGUGCAUGGCGUACCCAUACCAAUCCACGGUCUUGUGGGCUCUUGCCACUCGAACCAGAGCCAUCGAAGCCUAAGAGCCUUAGCAAACUUGUCCAAGUUGAGCACACCUAAGCCAUCGUGCUUCUUAGGCUUGCAAACAAGGUCCCAAUUGACUUUGCAUUUCCCACCAGAAACCUUGUCGGUGCCCGCCCAAAGAUAGGCGCGACGGAUAGAAUCAAUCUUUCUAAGGACCUUAGCUGGGAUGUUGAGCGGCGUGAGGUGGUAAAUGGCAAUGGCAGUGAGAACAGCUUUGACAAGGACGGCCCGACCGGCGGUAGCGACAUGUCUUCCUUGCCACGGAGGGAGUUUGCCAGCCACCUUAUCCUCAAGGUGCUGAAAGUGGAUCCUCUUGAGGCGCUUGACCGAUAACGGUAGUCCAAGAUAUCUCAUUGGAAAGGACGUGCGGACAGCCGGAAAAUCAUGAAGAAUGUCUUGAAGAUCGACACUUUCACAACGAAUCGGGGCGACAAGGCUUUUAGCACAGUUAGUGACUAAACCGGUAACCUCUCCAAAGGAAGCCAGGACAGAAGCAAAAAACUGGAUGUCCUCCUUGAUGGGCUUGACAAAGAUGGCUGCAUCAUCAGCAUAAAGAGAGGCACGAAUGGUCAUAGAGAGGAUGGAGAUGCCCUUGAGAUGUAGCCUUGUUUAGGAGAUGGUGCAGGGGGUCAAUUGCCAGCACGAACAGUAACGGGGAGAGCGGGUCACCUUGCCUAAGACCGCGGCCAUGCUUCAGAGGGUCACCCAAAAUUCCGUUGAUCAAGACCCUUGAGGAGGAUGUGGAAAGGAGUGCCGAAACCCAGUCACGAAAUCUGCUCGGGAAGCCCAAGUUCCUUAGAAGAUCCAAGAGGAAAUCCCACCGCACGGAGUCAAAAGCUUUCUCGAUGUCAAGUUUGAAUAAUAGCGUCGGCGUCUUGUUGCGGUGGAAUUUCCUUGCCAAGCUUCUCACAUACGUGAAAUUAUCAUGGAUGCUCCUCUUCUUGAUGAAGGCGCUUUGAGUAUUAGAGACAAGGUUCUGCAUGUGUGGUGCAAGUCUGGAGGCCAUGACCUUAGCAAUAAUCUUGGCAAUGGCGUGGAUGAGGCUAAUGGAACGGAAAUCUGAGAUGCAUUCCGCCCCAUCCUUCUUUGGAAUGAGGGCAAUGUUUGCGGAGUUGAGCCAAUGAAGGUUGGAUGUAUGCAAGCUCGAGAAAUGGUUGACUGCGUUCAUAAUGUCGCCCUUGAUGAUUUCCCAACAGUCCUUGAAGAAGGCCCCGGUGAAGCCGUCCGGACCCGGCGCUUUGUCACUCGGCAUAUCAAAGAUCGCCUUCUUGACCUCCUCUUCCGUGAAGGCAGCCCCAAGGUCAAAGAGAUCGCAAGCGGGGGUUGGGAUAGCUACAACCCUUAGAGUGUUCGCCUGUUUGCUGCUGGUCCUGGUGAUCGCUGCUACCUGCCCUGGCGAGGCUUACGUACAUGUUUGUUUGCUGCUGUCAAGUAAUUCUGCUCUAGUGACGCUUCCAUGUGUUCCUGAUGCUAGUUCUGCCAAGCUUGACCAUGUUGUAAUCUGCUAUUUGCUGUCAAGUAAUUCUGCUCUAGUGACGCUCCCACGUGUUCCUGAUGCUAGUUCUGCCAAGCUUGGCCAUGGUGUAAUCUGCUAUCAAUUAUGUUAGACCAAAACUUGAGUAUUUUGUGCUGGAAUGUCCGAGGUUUGAACUGUCCUGAUCGCCGCGCCACCAUCCAUGAGACCAUCACCGCCACUCCGUGUCACAUUGUGUGUCUCCAGGAGACCAAGCUCCAGAAUGUUGACCCGUUCAUUGCUUCUUUUCUAGGGGGACAUCGGUUAAAGAGUUUUGCUCAACGCCCAUCUGUUGGCACUCGAGGCGGAAUCCUUCUUCUCUGGGACGAACAUUUUGUCAAAAUCCAAGAUGUAAACAUUGGUGCUUUCUUCCUCUCAGCCAAAGUCUCCCUAUCCUCGUCGGGUGAAUCCUUCAAGCUCACAACCGUGUACGGCCCGACGAGAAGCAACCUUAAAGACGGCUUCUUCCAAGAAUUGGUCAGCGAGAAGCCCCACCCUGGCGAAAAGUGGUUGGUUAAUGGGGAUUUUAAUCAAAUUUACCGCGCGAGAGACAAGAACCGUGCGAAUGUUGACCGAAGUCGCAUCGUUCGCUUCCGUAACACCCUCAAUGCGUGCGAGCUAAAAGAGAUACAUCUUCAAAACAGGAAGUUUACGUGGAGUAAUGAGCGAAACGACCCAACCUUAAGCAAGCUAGAUUCCUUUUUCUGCAAUGAAGAAUGGGACCUGCACUUUGGCACGCACCUCCUACAUGCUCUCUCCUCGUCGCUCUCCGACCAUUGCCCUCUCCUCCUCGCAAAUGACAAAGGGCCACCGAGGACCAAAUCAUUCCGCUUUGAAAACUUUUGGAUCAAGAUGCCCAGAUUCAAGGAGGUCGUCAACAGUGCAUGGAACCAAGAGGUGAACCAUGUAGAUCCUUACCACAUCCUCUUCCACAAGAUGAAGAAGACAAGUCAGGUGCUUAGGAAAUGGAGCAAGACAAUAUUUGCGCAUUCGAAGGUACAAAUACAUAUGGCCCUAGAGGUCAUUCUCCGUCUGGAUGUGGCCCAAGAAUGCCGUCCUUUGAGUGCAGAGGAGCUGGAUAUUCGUAGGAGGCUCAAGCGCAAGGUGGUUAGCUUGUCUGUGCUCGAGCGUGCGCGGAAAAGGCAAUGCUCGAGAAUUACCAAUCUCAAAGAUGGAGAUGCCAACACUCGUUUCUUUCACCUCCGAGUCAAUCAUAGAAGGCGCAAGAAUUUCAUUCACCGCCUUAGGCAUAACAGUGGAUGGGUCACAGAGCAUGAGCAUAAAAAAUCCAUCAUCCAAAACCAUUUCGCGGAGAUCACCAAGAGGGGGACGCCCCGCAACAUUGAUAUCAACUGGGACAGAUUGGAAUUGUUACACGCAGCAAAAAGAAACUGGACUGGACAUAUGUUCAUGGAAGUGUUUGUGGUGGCAGUAUGGAGUAUAUGGAAAGAGAGAGCUGCUAGACCCUCUUUUGGUUUGUACUCUGACCUCUCCUCCCCCUCCCCUGCUAACUUCUCUAUGUAAAUAUUGUACUGUAGCUUUGACGCUCUGAUCUAAUACAAAGGUCAGUGGUGGGGUUCCCCCACUGUAGAAGGUUCUUAAAAAAACAGUUUUCUAGAUGAUAGUUUUAGGUCUGUUAGUAACUUGGUCUGAGUGAUGUUAUUGUCUUCGUUAAGACCAGUCGAGCCCCUGAUUUUCAUUGAAGUCACUCUCAAAGACAUGGCCACAUUUGUACACUUUAUUAAAGUUUGGCAUGGUUUUCUUUUAAUAAAUGGGUGCUCCACUCUAUUCUGUACCUUGUGUUCUUUUGUGAUAACAGGAUUUUAUUGUUGGAUAACCCUCCAAUUGAUGAAUCUGGCGAGCUGUGCUCUUGCAGAUUACUAAUACAGUGACAAUCCUUCAGAUUCAGGGGAUACAAUGUCGGAUUACAUUCUGCGGACAUAUUGAAAUAAUUUUUUUUUGCGGUGGAGGUAUAACAUGCUACCACUUUUUCAGUACAUGCAUAACCAACUUCCAUUCUUUAUAAAUAGCAACAAGCAGUUUUCAUCUCCAUGCAUAUUUAAAAGCAAAAAAAAAUUGUAUUGUUUAUUAAAACUGUAUGAUGAGAUGGUACACAGUGUUGGACUAAAAUUGGAGAACACAAGUUUAUCAGAAACAAUAAGAAUUUGUCAUCAAGGAUCUAAGAGCUCUGGAAAUAUGUUGUUCUCCUCUUUUGAUUCUCCUUUCAGUACAUAAGAUUUCAGACUCUGGUUUAUAAGUAUAAGGAUGAAAAUAGCUUUAAAUACCAUAAUGCACCUAUCGUUCGAUUGGAUUCAAAGUGCAAUAAUGUACAGAACAUUAACCAUUACUCCCUCCUUCCGGAAAUAAGUGACACCGUUUUAAUUCAAAAUUGAACUAAAACAGCGUCACUUAUUUCCGGAUGGAGGGAGUAUAUGAUUUCUUCAUCUGGUUGCUGCAUCCCCUUUAUCCAUCAAAACAGUGUUGUACAAGGCUCAUUUAUGUUGGUUGGAAGAAGGAUCACAACAGAGGCACAAUAAACUGCCAGCAUAUUAGCAUCAAAUUAGUGGGAAAAAGGAUGUUGUCUCUGGAGCUAGAUCUUAAGUAGGUUGUGCCUGUUUUCUCGCCUAGUGCAACGCACGGGCAUUUGUACUAGACCAAGACCAAGCAGUCCUAUCCACGAGCAAGACCAAGCAGGACACCCCUGCCAAGCCGCAGCACAAGCCUAUAAUGUGCAAGUAUUUCCGCAAGAUGGCCAUGCCUAUCAAGAACCAGAUUGUACCGUUAACAUUUAAGAAGUUUUUCUGUCAUUGGAGAAUCUGUUUUGGUCUUUGUUUCUAAAUGGUGACCAAAGGUAUUGCUGUAAUGAUUUGUAACAGUAAGGAUUGCUGUAAUGAUCUGUAACAAUAAGGAUACCAACUGAUUAAUUGGUUAUU